AUCCCGAGACAGGAAAACAAAAUUUGCAAAAGGGAUUUUUUUUGUACACUUUUUUUCAUUUAAGAACACUUCUUUGAUCUCUUUAUGCAUUCUAUUCAGAAAUUCUUAGAUUUCAAACUAAACUUUACUGUACACUGCAUUUUCUGUGAUUAAUAUAGUCAAAAAUAUUGUGGGGGCGGCAAAGAAAAUGCCAGCUGAGUUAACUUCUCUGGCUUUUUAAUUGGAAUUAAAUGAAUCAGAUUAUUUGAUCUGCUGAAUAGUUUAUCUAUAUAAUAGAAUGGUAAGUAUGAGAGAAAGUUAGACCAUUAUAGUUUGUCUAUUUAUUUGUUUUUAAUAGAUAGAAAUGGGAUGCUUGGAUGAGUAAAUUGUUAUAGGAUACACUUAAAUGUAUUAAUGUAUAUAAAGUAAGCUGCAUCAGUUUAAUAUUACAAAUGUUUCCAUAGAAAAUAUUAAUUACCGGUGAAACAGAUUGAUAUGUAAAGUUUGUGCUGAAGUAGUUUUCGAUGGAUAUAAUAGCAUUUUGAUCAGUAACCAAUUUGCUGGGGAGAAAAAUCUUGUUUUUACAAAGCUGUGUAUUAUAUUCCAUUGCAACUUCUUCAGUUAUCAUCUUAUACAGAAUUUUGGUAUAUAUACUUUAAGUCAUUCGUAAUUCAAAUGCAGGUAGUUAAACGUACAUAAAAGCGUAUUUUUAUUUAGCUCUAAGACAGUUUAAUUGCAAAGUGUUAUAACUGACAGCAGUAAAGGAAAGUUAUGCAGUUUUUUUAAAUGCGUUUUUAUAUUUUGCUUGUUGCUUGUUAACAAUACUCACAUAUUCUAUGUUUAUUAUCUGAUGUGACUUCAUAUACAGACUCUGUCGCAAGCCAUAGUCAAAGUGGUUAUCCCAACAGAAAGGUACAUGUUUUUCUUUUUUUAAUUGAUAUAAAAUGUAGAAAAUAUCCCAUUUUCACUAAAGUUUAAAAAACAAACCAAAAAAAACCAAUUGGAAAUUGCAUGCUACUGGAAGGUGGUUUGGGUGAGCAAUAGUUUUUUUUACAUAUCAAUUUGUUAAAAUACAGUAGAUUCCCCAGUCUAAAAAUAUACGUACUAAUAAAAUGAGUAAGUUGCUGUAUGCGGAUUCUACUUUAACACUUUAAUUGGUCUUAUCGUGUUUAUACUAACAUACUUCUUUAUCUGUUUGCUACAUGUUUCCAUAGAUUAUCCUUGAAUUCUAUCAGAAAGCAGACCUUAGUCUCAUUUGUUUCCUUUAAUGGCAACUCUGGCUGUCAUGAUGACACUUUCUUUUUCUUUUUUUUUUUAUAAACCUGUAAACUACCUGCUGUAAACUGAGCGACAACAUUCAUAAACAGUACACAAUACCCUCCUCCAAUACUAAACCAGCUGAAGCUACAACCGCUUCAGUAAAAUUGUUUUCACAUGUGCUUCUGUCACUUGGCUAACUUGAAGACAAGAUGAGCUAGCAGUCAAAAUGAAUUUAAAACACUAACACUACUGCUUUAGAUUUACAAAAAAUAGCUUUUUUAUGUAUUUUAUUUUGUACCAACAUAUGGAGGUAGUAUAUAAAUUGUCAUUUGAAACACACAGACUGCUUAUCUUUUUCCUGUAGAGAGGAAAGAUGGAUCUUAUCCUUUUGAAAGUUUGACAACUUUAUCAUAAAGCAAGCAAGGCCAUCUACACAUUUUUAUUUUUUACAUGUCUCAAAGUAUUCAUUUGGCAUGAUGUUCCUGGUAGAGGAGCUUGGUGCAUUUCCGAAGCCGUAGUUCCUUCUUUGAGAACUGCACAAAUACACUGGUACUUGCAUGCCAAAUAUGAAAAGAUAAAUCUAUGUACAGCCAUCGUUUAAGGAUGGGGAUUUUAAAAGUUUAAACAUAUAAACUCCAAAGAAGUGGUUAAACGUUGAAUAAUAUGCUAGACGUAUAACCGGUCACCUUUUCACAAAUUUCACCAAACGCACAUUUUUUAAUGUAUUCAUUUUAGUAAUUUAUCGUCAUAUACAGCAGUCUGUCGCGUAUGCGACUGCUGUGCUGCCACAUUAAAGGCGGAUAUUAUAAAAAGGAAGGGGUUUGGCAAUUGCCUCCAGGUAGCUUUUCUAAUUGGUGCAACAGAAAGAUUGACACUGGGGCGGGUUUUAUUCUUGGUCAGUCUGGCGCUUCAUUGGUGCACACUUUUUUCUGCUCUAGAAAGUGUGGUGUGGUAGCAGUUCCACGGUGUAAUAAAGUUAAUGACAAGCAUUUUUUUCUGAAGUUUGUUAUAUAUUUGUUUUUAAUAAAAUGGCAUCUAUAAACAAAGGAACGAAGCGAAGCCAUGUUUCAGAAGUAUUUUGAGGAACCGGAUGAGAGAACCAUGGUAUGUAAAUAAUUAUGCCAAACAAAAUUGCUGUACCACAAAAACAUGUUCAGUGCUUUUUCAUUUGAAAUGAAAACAUUCAGAAAUUACUGUGGAUGGAGUUUAAAAAAAAAAAAUGCAAACAUCCAUAAUAAACAGAACGCUUCAGCUGACAUUUUAGUCCUUACAUCCCUGUUAAUAUGUAUAAUGCGAUUCAAAGAACGCAUACGUGUAAAUAAAUUAUGUAUAGGCUUUAAUUUAACAGUACACUUUUACGCAAAUUGUUUGUUUAAAAAAGAUGUCCUUUUAUCUAUGUAAUUUGUUAACAGAUGGGGACAUUAAAAAAAAUAUAUAAAUAAAUCCAUAUAUAUAUAUAUAUAUGGAUAUAUAUAUGGAUUUCCCGUUUGUGGCACAGAUCCCUGAACAGUAGCGUUAUUAUAUAUAUAACAAUGCAUUGGAAUCUGCAUUUCAUAGAUUCUGUAACAUAUGCAGCUGUGUAUUAUUAUUAUUAUUAUUAUUAUUAUUAUUAUUAUUAUUAUUAUUAUUGGCUUUGUUUUGUUCUUUUGAUAUAAUAUACAUUUUUGUCUUAUUUUAUUCACUUUGUGCCCACAGGGCCAGCACAGGUAGUGCAGAACAAAUACAAAGAGAGACAUUUACUAAGAUACAAAUAAUACAAAUGCUUUUAAAAAGAACAAAUUCACAUUGGGCUUUAUUUUUUUUUUAAUAUAGUCUACUAAUUUUUUUAGUAUUACAUGCAGGACAGGUGCUAUAAGAUCGUUAUAUUAAAAAAAAAAUGUAUGAAGUGUAUGGAUGAAUCUACUGGUUAAUCAACUAACGCCAUAAAUUAACUCAUCAAUAAUUUGAAUCAAGUGUCAACUUUGUAGUCUUUACGAUGUUCAAACGUUAUUUGCUUAUUUAGGGUUUCUUUGCUUAGAAAAUACUAAUCAGGGCUGUCAAUAUACAGCAUAAUGUAAUAUAAAUAAUGUGUGUAUGUAGCUAUGGUUUAAGUGCUGACACUUGCAUAGCAUUUAAACGUUUAUAAAAAUGUACCAAAACCACAUCCCGACCAUCGUUGCGUGAAACAAGAUUAGGGUAAAUGAUACAACCUUGCCACCUGUUCAGUGUGACUUAAUUGUGUUUUUUUUUUUUUUUUCUAAAACAUUAUUAGUAGUAAACUAACUCGAGAUGUUUAAAGGUAGAAUCCUUAAUGACAUCGGAGCGCAGUGAGAAGUAAAAUAGAUAAUAAAGCUCUGUAAUUUAAAAUAAAGUAAUGAUUGUCCUUGUACUCUUAGUAGAGUAAAAAUAAAAGGUAAUGUUCCUGUGUAGUAUUAAAGAACUGACAGGAAAGAAACGCCUACAAAUGCUAUUGCUCAUCCCAACUGAAACCCUCCUGGCCUCUGUCAGCCAAGCAUGGUAAAACAAACUUGCCAUGCAGCAAGAUGAUUCCAAUCCCCUUAUUCUGUAUGACCUUUGACAUUGGCCUUGGUGAGCAGCACAAGUUGAACUGUCUGCAGCAGCGGGGGACCAGAAAAACGUCCUGGGAUGGAUUGGGAAAGUAUACAGAUUUUUACCUGACAUUGGAAUUUACUUUCUCUGAUCCAUCGAAUGAUCGAGUUUGUGGUGCGUGAAGGACCUAUGUUUGAAGCUAUGAUCAUGAACAGAGAGAUAAACAACUCCAUGUUCAGGUUUCUUUUUGAGAAUCAGAGUCCAGCCCACGUUUACUACAGAUGGAAGCUCUAUUCCAUUUUACAGGGAGAUUCUCCAACUAAAUGGAGAACCGAAGAAUUUCGAAUGUUUAAGAAUGGAUCAAUGUGGCAACCACCUCCAUUAAAUCCGUACCUGCAUGGCACAGUGGAGGACGAGCAGGAAACAGAAAUAGAGGAGGAACCCAGCAAGAAAGGGUCGUUAAAAGAAGAGCAAAGGGACAAAUUAGAGGAGGUUUUGCGUGGACUGACGCCUCGGAAAAAUGAUAUUGGGGAAGCCAUGGUAUUCUGUCUAAAUCAUGCGGAAGCUGCUGAAGAAAUAGUGGAAUGUAUUGCAGAGUCUUUGUCUAUCCUGAAGACUCCACUGCCAAAAAAGAUUGCACGGUUGUAUUUGGUAUCGGAUGUGUUGUACAACUCUUCCGCUAAAGUCGCCAAUGCUUCAUAUUACAGGAAAUACUUUGAAUCCAAACUAUGCCAGAUAUUUUCAGACCUCAAUGCCACAUACAGGUCAAUACAGGGCCACUUACAAUCAGAACAUUUCAAGCAAAGGGUAAUGUCCUGCUUCAGAGCGUGGGAGGAUUGGACUGUUUAUCCUGAGCCUUUUCUGAUCAAACUCCAGAACAUAUUCCUUGGAUUGGUGAAUCUUGCUGUAGAAAAAGAAGCCUCGCUACCUCCUCCAUCUCUUGCUCCAGCUUCAGUUCCGAUUGUCCUUGUACAGCCAGCACCAGUUGGAGACAUCGAUGGAGCUCCAAUCGAGGAAGAACUUGAUGGUGCCCCACUGGAUGAUGUUGAUGGGAUGCCCAUUGAUGGAGCGCCUAUUGAUGGAGCGCCUAUUGAUGGAGCGCCUAUUGAUGGAGCGCCCCUUGAUGGAACACCCAUUGAUGAUUUAGAUGGGGUUCCAAUAAAGUUGGCUGAUGAUUACUUGGAUGGUGUUCCUUUGGAACUACUUCACCAGUCCAAAAAGCCAGCGUUUAAAAUGGCUCCUUCCAAAUGGGAAGCGGUGGAUGAAUCUGAACUUGAAGCACAGGCUAUUACCACCUCAAAAUGGGAAGACUUGGAUCAGACAGAAGAAUCCAAAGAAGAGAAAAGGGAAGACGAGGGAAGUGAAGAUGAAGAGGACACUCGAAGUUCUCGUUCAGAAGACCAACAGGCCUACUCAAACCCUAUUAAGGAUGAAUCCUCUGAAUCAAAAUCGUCUACAAAGUUCUCCGAAAUGAGUGCAGAGAAGCGGGCCAAACUUAGAGAAAUAGAGCUAAAAGUUAUAAAAUUUCAAGAUGAGUUGGAAUCGGGGAAAAGGCCCAAGAAGUCAGGACAGAGUAUUCAGGAGCAAGCGGAACAGUAUCGGGACAAACUAUUACAAAGGGAAAAGGAAAAAGAGAUGGAAAGGGAAAAGGAGCGAAAGGAUAAGGAAAAAUCAGAAUCUCGUGCUAAAGAAAAAAAGGAAAAAGAUGAAUCCACACCAACCAGGAAAGAAAGGAAACGAAGGCAUAGUGCAUCUCCCAGUCCAGCUCGGAGCAGCAGUAGAAGAGGGAAAUCUCCGUCUCCACGGUCCGAACGCUCAGAAAGGUCCCAUGUAAAAGACGGUGCUCGUUCCAGAUCUUCUCAUAAAGACUCGCCAAGAGAGACGAGUAGAAAAUCCUCUAAAAGGUCACCUUCAGCAUCUAGGACACCCAAGAGAUCUCGAAGAUCUCGUUCCAAGACACCUAAAAAAUCUGUCAAAAAAUCCAGAUCCCAGUCCAAAUCUCCACAUCGAUCCCAUAAGAAGUCAAAGAAAAGCAAACACUGACAUUGUUUCUUUCAUUUGAAAAAUUGGAAUUGCAGUUUUAUGUGCCCAAGCAAACCUGUAAAGACACAAGAAAGCAUUUCUGAUUUAAAUAUAUUUUUUUGUGAAUGCGUGUGUAUCCAUGAUGUCUACCUUCCAUCUGUAAAGCCAUCACCUGUUUUAUAUUGUAAAAAAAAAAAAAAACACCUUUUCAUUGUUUU